GCCGCGACAGAAGGCUCCGCCGCUGUACACCGUGAACGCGCCUCUCCAUGCGGUUUUAAUAAAGGAGGAAAAGCAGGAAAAGAAAUAUCUGUGACGAGAAGACAUGAAGCUGCGGCUGAAGCCGAGAGCAGAAGCCGCUUUUAUUGUCUCAUCUGAGCCCGGAACCGGUGCCCGGUGGGUCCGGUUCUCCUCUCCUCUCCUCCGCUCUUUGUCAGCGGGUUCACACACUGACCACACACGGGCGGGUUUGCUGGUUUUCUCUCAAUGAAGACGCUCUACCGGAUACCGACUCGUUACUUUUAGGACGUCAGUGAACCGGCGGCGUUUUAAUCUUUUGGUUGUUUCGUGCAGAGAGGCUGGUGGGCUUUCAUCUGCUGCUGGGUUUAACCACCUUUGUUUGGAGAAAAGAAGCUGAUGCUGCGGUUCACUCACACUGACGGAGGAGAUUCACCCAGCAGGUCUUUAAUUACCCAUUUCGUUUUUUUAAUCAGCCAGUUGAUGCUCGUUUCUCUUACCGGGACUGUGGGAGUCUGGACCUACCACUAAUGGGAUCGUUUCAGCUUUUCACGCUGGAUUUUUAAAGCUGUAUUUUUAAUUUUUGUGUGUUGUUGGUGACUCUACGUUGCGCUUGGUGUCCUCGGUCUUUUGUGUGGAACUGGUCUGUCAGUCCUGGACUGUCCUGGUUCCUUCCCGGUCCUUACCGGCCUCAGGAGCACAAUGCCGGAGUGUGUGUCGGUAUCAGAGUUCGUCCAGGAGGUUCAGGAGGACUGGAACUCUCCCACUACCUCCUCUUUCACCUCCAAGAUGAUCAGCUGCAGGAACACAGUCUACCUGCUGGAGGAGGCUCUGGACAGCGACAGGUUGGUGCUACAGAAGAUGAAGAAAGCUGCAAAAGCCAAAUACACAUCAGGUCAAGAACACGUGUCUCAUUUGGAGCAGUACAUUAACGCGAUGGAGAAGCUGUCGGUCAACUGUCACUCAAACGGAGAGACGGAGGUUGGCUCCGCCUUCUGCCGCCUGGCGGACUUUUCCAAAGAGCUCCUCUCUCCCAUGAAAAACCUGCUAAAGAGCAUGCUCCACAACAUCAACUUCUUCUUGGACUCUCUGGUUAAAGGAGACCUGAGGGAGGUGAAGGGGGAUCUGAAAAAGCCUUUUGAAAGAGCGUGGAGGGAUUAUGAGAGCAGAUUUAAACAGGUGGAGAAGGAGAAGAGGGAGUUAGCUCGGCAGUAUGGGAUGGUGAGGAGUGAGGUGAGCGGAGGAGAGAUCGCGGAGGAGCUGGAGAAGGAGAGACGCUCCUUCCAACUGAGCAUGUGUGAGUAUCUAAUUAGGGUCAAUGAGAUAAAGACGAAGCGAGGAGUCGACCUUCUGCAGAACCUCAUCAAACACUACCAUAGCCACAACAAUUUCCUGCAGGAGUGUGUUUCCACCACUCAGAGGCUGAAGCAGUACAUGGAUGAGCUCAACGGAGUCCUGACCACGGUGAAGCAACGUCAGGACGAGGAGAAGAGACAGCUGUGCACACUCAGAGAUCAGCUGAGGCCGGUCGUCCACACAGAGCAGGACUCUUUACCUAAGCAGGUGUACAAUAUGCACCAGCUGCUGGGAGACAAACAGUACGGGACGGAGAGAACGGGAUUCCUCUACAAGAAGAGUGACGGGUUGAGGAAAAUGUGGCAGAAGAGGAAAUGUUCAGUUCACAACUGUUACCUGACCAUCGCACAUGCUACUCCGAACAAACCUCCCACCAGACUCAACCUGCUCACCUGUCAGGUUAAACCCAGCGUGGAGGAUAAGAAAUGCUUUGACCUUAUCUCUCAUAAUCGGACCUACCACUUCCUGGCUGAAGAUGAAGCUGAGUGUGUGGCCUGGAUGUCGGUGCUCACUAACAGCAAGCAGGAGGCUCUGAGUAUGGCUCUGGACGGGGGAAGAAAAGGGGGAGGAGGGAGUGAGAGCAGCGUGGAGGAUCUGACCCGAGCCAUCACCGAUGAUAUCAAACGGAUGCCGGGAAACAACAGCUGCUGUGACUGCGGCGCACCAGAUCCUGGGUGGCUGUCUACAAACCUGGGUAUCCUGACCUGUAUUGAGUGUUCAGGCAUCCACAGGGAAAUGGGGGUCCACGUCUCCAGGAUCCAGUCUCUGAGCCUGGACAGUCUGGGAACCUCAGACCUGCUGUUGGCCAGGAAUGUCGGUAAUUCUGGUUUUAAUGAAAUACUGGAAGCCAACCUGCUGAGUCCGUCACUGAAGCCCUCCCAACACAGCCACAUGCCUGAGCGUAAAGACUUCAUCCUGUCAAAGUAUCAAGAUGUUAACUUUGUGAGGCGGAGCCAUAGCUCUGCUUCGGCGCUGCGACUUCGUCUGCAGGAGGCGACCAAGAGCUGCGAUAUCUACACUCUGAUCCAGCUGUACGCUCAGAGGGCAGAGCUGAGCCAGCCACUGCACACACACAUACAGGAGAAAGGGGAGACAGCGCUCCAUUUAGCUGUCCUACUGGCUGACAGGACAUCACUGCACAUCCUGGACUUCCUGGCUCAGAACUGCUCCAAUGUUGAUAUACAGACAUCAGCGGGAAACACGGCGUUGCACUACAGCUGUCUGCACAACAAGACCGACUGUGUGAAGCUGUUACUGAGAGCCAGAGCCAACACACACAUCAAGAACGAGUUAGGAGAAACUGCUCUGGAUGUGAGCCGCAGGUUGAAGCACACCCAUUGUGAGGCACUGUUGCAGAAGGCCCAGUCCAACCAGUUUGACCAUCACGUCCAUGUGGAGUACGAGUGGAGGCUUCGUCAUGAUGACCUGUACGACAGUGAUGAUGACUUUGAUGACAAGAAUGGUCCGUUGAAAAAGGAGCGCUCCACUUCCUCCUCAUCCUCCUCUUUCACCCCCUCCUUCUCCUUCUCCUCGCGUCCCUUCAGCUUCAGUCAGUCCAACUCCUCCUGUGUCUCGUUGUCCUCCUCUGGAACACCUGGAGGACCAGCUGGAGGCCUCCUCAGUGUGGGGAGGAGACUCGCCAUGGCUAUGGAGCUUCACAGCCAUCCCGCUGGCUCCGUCCCCAGCCCACCACCUCCUCCUCCAUCCUCCCCUGCGCCCCCGCUGCCUCCCAGGGUCAAAGCUCCCAAUGUUCCUCCUCCUCCACCUCCGUCUGGGGGAGAUGGUAUGGGGGAGGAAGAGGAGGGAGAGGGAGAGGUAUUCUUUCCCUUGACAGGAAAUAGAAAGAUUACCCCUCCCUCUCCCAUCGCCGUCCGACACAAGAGGAGCUGCUCUGAGUCCAGUAAGCACGAUUAUGGGUUGCCAGCCAGUCCCAGGAUAUACAGUGGUCCAGACUCCUCCUUCAGGAAGUGUGUUCCAGCUUCUCCUCUCAGCUCACUGACUGAACGAUCUGACAGAGGUUUUCGGAGGGCGGACAGUGAAAGUGGCCCCUCCCAUUUCCAGAUUCUCAACAGUAAGGCACCAAUAAACGGCUCUCCAUCCAAUCAGCGCUCUCAGAGCUUUGAAAGUGAAAGCAGAGGCUCCGCCCCUCAACCACUUCCUCGUAGAUCAUUGCCUCGAGGAGCAUCCAGUCGUCGGGUUCAGGCGCUGUAUGACUGCCAGGCCGACCACCAUGACGAGCUGAGCUUUUCUGAGGGCCAAGUGCUGGUGGUCCUGGGACAGGAGGACAAUGAUUGGUGGCAUGGUUACAUAGAGGAGGAACCAGACCAGAGAGGGUUGUUUCCUUCCUCAUUCGUCCAGCCGCUGACUGACUGAUGUGAAACCAGGCCAGAACUGGGCUGACCUCAGACGAGCACAAAUCCAGAUCACCGCAGAGCUCUGGAGAACCAAACCACAUGAGAACACCUGAUCUGCAGGUGGACCAGGUCAGAUGUUCAGAGACUUCAAAUGUUCGUGGUCCUGACACUGUUGUCACAGCAACCGGUGUUCCUCAUGCCUUCAGUUACCAUGGAAACAUUAUGGAUGACCUUCAGUGAAGACAACACAUUAUUUUUAUGUGGCUCCAGUUAGGUCAGGAAGAGACCAAUGAGACCGCCUCGGACAGACCAAACAGCCAGCACUCGAGGCUGCUGUAGCCAGUACUUUAUUUAUUUACUUAAAAAGCAAAAUAAUAUUUAAGCACAAAGGGCAAAUCACAAGAAACAGCAAUCCCCUGGACUUUUAUUCUGAAGGUAAUCUGGGACUCAUUUUCUUUUGACUUUAUUUAUUUAUUAUAAUUUAUUUAUGUUUACUGAAUGUGUGGCGAGCCAAAACACACAAGCUACUGCUGCCACAUUUUAGGUUCGAUAGACCCGGACUCAGGCCAUAUUAUUGAUCGGAUUUGUUGGUUACAGCUGCUUACCCAGAUAGCACAAGAGACUCUGAGAUACCAAGGACCAAAGCUCUAAAGUGAGAUAUGAAAAGUGGACUUCACAGGAGACUCACAUUUCCUUCCAGUUGCCUUCGAUGUCUCAAGAUAUCACAUUGCCUCAGUGAACACAGCAGUGUGUUGCUGCCACGUUUGCGAAAUGAAUUUACUCAGUGGUCAAGUGUCAAAACUUCUCAUUAUAACAAGUUACUUCUUCGUGAUUAAAUAAUUCUGUUUUAACAAGAACCUUUGUAUUAACAUUAUAACCAGGGAUGGAAAGUUUUAUUUAUUCAUUUUUAUUUGGCUAUUAGAGAAAAAUAAGACCUAAAAUUCAAUGUCAGUAAAAGUACUGAGUUAUUUUAGACAUAUUUAAACUUUUAAGCAACAAUUGAAAAAAAAAAAAAAAGCUUGUGUAAUAUACAUAUAUACUCAAGUAAUGGCAUCAAGCACAAAAGUAAAGCACAAAAAUAGAUAAACUUGAUACUUUAAGACAAUAGAAUUUAAUCAUUGUGCAUAGCCUGCAUGUGUUGGAUAUGACUUUAAAGCUUUAAGGGAGAACACAAAUCUUCUUAAUGUAUGUUCAACAAUAUUUGGAUAAGAAUUUUUAAUGUUACAUGUUUUAUUUUCCCAGUAAUCAUUUCUGUAAUUCUUUUAUUUAGGCCGUAAUAGUGAGCUAAGCACAGGAACUUCAUUUAGCACAUUUUUGAGUAAAACUUUAUUUAGUAAACUAUAGAAUAAGUUCUACUGAGGCACCAUGUUAUGUGGUACAUUUAACAGAGGCAAAAAAACAAAACAACAAAGGGCGUUGUGUGCUGGACGUCCUGGCAUAAUGUAACUAACAACAUUUAACACCCAUUCAGACUAAAUUUAGAACAGCUUUUUGCUUUUUUAUGGCAUUAUUUGUACUUUAGUGACCUCGGCCACUCAGCUUUACUACUUCCAUUCCUGGUUACAACAAUAUAUCAACUUAUAAUAACCCCUAGCAAAAAGUGUGGAAUCCUUGAAAUGAAAAAGAAUUUAAAAAAAAGUAAAAAGAGUCUUCUGUCUAGCAAAUGAACAAACUGUUUAAUUGCUCUGGCUUUAUGAAACAUCCCUCAACCAAAUGUAAUACUUUUUUGAUAAAGCAGAUCAUCAAAGUACCUCCUCAGGCUUGUGCAAUGGCCUGAGCACAUGUACUGGAAGGGAAACUAGUUUUGACAAGGGGGCAUUUAGCUGUCAUUAAAAAGAAACAUCUAAGAAAAAAGUGUGUGGGGGUUACACAAAACUUUAAAGAUAAACGAGCAACCGUAUCCAUAAUUAUGGAUGAAUGACCUCUCCUUAGUUCCAAAGAAACACUAAGGAGAGUACUUCCACAAGUCUGACUUACUCAGGCCCAUGUGCUCCUCCAAAUGUCAAACUAGUUACUGCAAUUGUUGCAGAAGCAAUGAGCUGCUGUACUUGAGCUGCAGUAAGUCAAGCAUGAUUCAAAUUAAACACUGUUGAAAAAUUCAGCUGACCUUUGUGAAUAGAUCCCCAAAGCCCACCCAUAACAUCAACACUGGGUUUCAUCCACACACAGAAAAAAAAAAAAAAAAAAGAAAAAGAAAAAUUCCUAUAAGCCGAUUCCAGCUUUCCUGUGUAACAGCUGACAGAUGAGCCUUGCAGGUUGGAGAACUCUUUUCUUCCCUAAAAUAAUUUUGCCUGGGGCUGUAAUAAGACGUUUCCUUAUAGCAUCUCUGUAUAAACUUCUUGAUUUUUUUUUUCUAAAACAUUUUCAUGAACGAAAACAGUUCUUGUUAAAACAUCUUCAUUUAAAGAAUUUGGCAUAGUGGCAGAAAUUCAUUGGCGUAAGAAUCAGCUUUUAUAGACCAACUCCUCCACAGACGAUCAAUUCAGCUCUUACCUCCAGAGUACGCACAAUUUUUCAAAAAGAAAAAGAAAAACCCAUGAAUUCAGUUUGUUUUUUAAAAAUGUUUUAUUUCAUUCAAAGUGACAGCGGUGGAUUCAUGAUUUUUAUCUGUUGUUUCAAUGCUUCUGUAAGUUCGGCCUCUGUAAAUGGACUGAUAAUCAGCAUGUUUGUUAAAUGAAACUUACAUGACGAGCUGAAUUAAAGCUAUGGUACCACAGGCCGCACACGUUUGGUCACCUGUUGUCACUUUGUACUAAAUCUACAGCUCAUAUACAGAUGUUUAUAAUGGAAUUACGAGCAGCUGACUAAGUGGAUUUAUCUGCACCUAGCAAUGGAAAUAAAACUCUACAUUUGAAGACUGCAGAGAGUCUGGUGAGCACAACUUUGGAUUUAAAGUCACAACAAACUCCUCUGUCAAAGGUGAGGAAGUAAACUUGCUUACAACAAUCCAGCUCAGGACUCAGAAGGGCUGCUGCUCUGUCGUUUUAUGGCACAUUAAAGCAUUCCUCAUCUGUGUGUAAACUGGAUAAUUUCCCAGGUAAUUUGGCAGGAAGUUUAUUUCCUGGACAAGGCAACAAAGUGUUAAAUCUCAGCAGUGAAUGGAAAAA